AAAAAAAGUCCAAACGCUGCCUUAUUUGUUCGCCAUUUCUUUCCUUUUUUUUCUUCGCCAAGGUCCUUGGCCACCAUCAAAAAGCUAAAAAGUCAUCUCUCUCUCUCAUUUUCCGAUCAAUAUUGGAGCUUACGUACGUACCCAAAUCUACAACAUCAAUCAUUGUACCUUCUCUAAAGAGAGAACGAGAGAAUAAUCGUACGUGUUUCUUCAGCUUGAUAUCAAUUCCAAUUGUUGUAGGGCUUGGUCGAAUUUGAAUAUCGAAGAUGGAAUCAGAGGAUGAUAUGCACGACGCAGAAUCUUUCGAUGACGACUUCUAUAGCGGCGAGACAGCCGUGGAAUCUGAUGAUGCCAACGCCAUGGACUACGAGUUCAUGGACAAUGACUCCGAUGAUUCCGACGAUGUUCUGUCUCAUCGCUACCAGAUUGAUUGA